AUUCAUUCAUUCAUCAGACGUGGGCCGAACCGCAGCAUCACUGUACACUUCAUUUCAUCAUUAAACUUAUUAUACCAAGUCCCACUUAACAAUGUGAAAGAUUUCCUUUAAACAACAGUAUAAAAGAGUGUCCAAUAAUGUUCGAACUGUGAUAAAAGUACUCAUUCCAUAUCGUUCAAGUUUUACGUUAGUUUAAAAAGAAUAAGUCAUACGCAUCAAAAUUCUGCUCACGCGUAGCCAGUUGGAAAAGCACUCGACCUACAUUCUAUCGGCCAACGAGUAUCUCUCCCAUGAAAGAAAGUUCAAAGAAUUGAUUAAUAUGACAGAAAAAAGGAAAACUGAGCGCCGAAAACAAGAACCUUCCGCGAAAGCUGGGAAUGUUACGAAAGGCGCAGAGGAGAAAUCUCCGGCCGAACAACAAUCAAACCCAACUCAACAUAUCAUACAUGAAGAUCUGAACUGUUUCUUCGAUUUAAGAACCAAGAAAGGCCAAAUUUUAUUUUUUGUUAUCACCAUUUUCGCGGCUACCCUAACGCAAUGUCUUCCGAAAGAUACGUUGGCCACUAUACUGCAGCUGAGAGAACCGGGAGGAAAAUCCGCAGAACCAACACAGUGCCAAGAACGUCUCAUCGAACGAAUAGUGCGGCAGGAGGUUGAACCACGACCAAAGUAUAGAAUCUACGGGCGCAAUCCAUCUGGUGGUCAUCUUGUGCACGUACAUGCGGUUCUAGAACGCCUGGGGCUGACACAAGUUGGAAACGACAGUGGAGUAAACGAUUGGGAUCUGUUAUGGGCCCAUGAUUAUCCAUUUGGAAAGCUCAAUCUGAAUCAUCUCAAACCGCAUCAACUGGUUAAUCACUUCCCAGGUUCCGGAUACAUAACAAACAAAGUUGACCUGAGCACGACGAAAAUCAAAUACAUACCCCGCGCUUUUAAGCUGCCCAGCGAAGCGGAACAACUGAGAAAAUUCGCUAUAGAGAAUCCCAAUCAACGAUUUGUGCAGAAAAAUAACCAACAUCGACAUAUCCAAAUCAAGACGUUGGAGGAAAUUGAUUUCGGUAAUAACGAAACCUUCGCCCAAGAGUUUAUAGACGAUCCGUUGCUUGUGGAUGGGUACAAGUUUGACAUUGGAGUUUAUACAGUCAUUACAUCGAUCGAUCCACUGAGGGUGUACAUUUACAAAGGGGACAUUCUUUUCCGAUAUUGUCCAGUGGAGUACUAUCCAUUUGAUCACAAAAAUCUCGACAAGUACAUCGUAGGGGACGAUUACCUUCCCACAUGGGAGGUUCCAAUGUUGAAACCAUUUUACACCAAACUUGGCUUCGGUAUGAAAGAUUCCUUCGAUGCUUAUAUGCGAAGCACUGGACGUGAUCCUACUAUUAUUUGGGAUCAAGUAGAAGACGCGAUUCGACUAGCAAUACUCAGCAAGGAAUCGCUAUUGGCAGCUAUGCUUCCACGUUACGCAAGUAAGCGAAACUUUUUUGAAAUGAUGCGUUUCGAUCUUGUAGUGGACAAAAACCUGAGGGUCUAUCUGAUGGAAGCUAAUAUGAGCCCAAAUCUAUCAUCGGCCCAUUUCAAGCCCAACCGAUUGCUGUACGAACAGGUAAUCUAUAACUUUCUCCGUUUAGUCGGGGUGGGAUCCGAUUUACGUAGAGAUUCGUUCCGCCGUCGGUCUCCAGAAACGGAAGCCAUGAUUUCUGCCCUCAAGAACGUGGUCGUCGAUGCAAAAGUCUGCUCAGAAGCACCGUGUACCGAGUCUUGUGCUCCGGUGGAUUGUUCGCUGUGUGUGGCCUGUUUGGAAAACUCAGAUCUCCGAGAACUGCACGCUGCCUAUCGGGAACAUCUAAACCGUGGUGAUAUGAAACGCAUUUUCCCAGUGCCAAAGGCGCAACGUCGCCAGGAUGAAUACGAGGAGCUGAUGGCUUCCAGCAAGAUGAGUGCAAAGAACCGCUGGAUGAGCCGGUGGUUUGAUGAAAAAUGUCAACUGGAUGUUUCGUACUGUUAUUGAAAAGCAAUAUUUUAAACUUAUUAUAAGGGUGCAUACACUUUCAUGUACACAAACGAAUCUAAUGGAUUCUUCUCUCGAAACAAAAUAGUAUUAUGAAUAGUACUUAGAAGUGAGUUUUAAAACGUUUAAUAGAUUUUACCAGUUUUAAAUACAUUAGAAAGAAUUUUAAACAAAUAUUUUGAUGUAGAUGAUACGGUUAUGAAAUAAACAUAUCCAA